GUCCCUCUCCUUUCCUCUACCCUCCCAUUCAUAAAAACUCACUUCCCUCCCCCUCGGUGGUUGCAACAUCAUAUCCAGAGCUCUGCGUCCACAACCGCAGUCGCCUUUUACGCACCAACGAGUGAAAAAUAGAGUGCAGGAGAGCCGCUCUCCUUUUCGCCUAUUUGUACUCACAUUAUCCCCCCUCACGUUUGGACUUAUUUACUCAACAUUUGUGGAGAUAUAUUCACUCGCCUGGACUGGACUACCUGCGCGCAGACGUCGUGCGCAACGAAGAGAUGAGAUUUUUAUCCUGAAACCACAGUAAGUGAAGACUUUUUGUGUUUUUAAGCGUCAAAUACUCGUGAUCUGUUGGUGUUGGGCAUUAUUUACCGAUCACUCUGUUCCUUUACUGCGUUUACUGCCUACGCUCGACUGUUCCCCUCUCUAUCUGCUGGAUCGCAGGCAUGAAAAACGCUCUUGCAAACUCUAUAUCGCAACAAGCUGUUUCCCCCCGACCAGUGUUUGCACUUUGAGUCAAUAUUUAACCACCAAUUUCGUGCCAAAGGCAAGGUUGAGGGCGCAGAGAAGGGGAAAACAGCGCCGUGUUUUAAAACUUAACUUGCUCCGAUUUAAUCCCAGACAGCAAAAACGCAUCUCGACAUCAACCCUGCCGCUGUACAAGCUUUGUAAAGACGCCACUGUCACGAUAAAUACCACUGAAACAGAUCGAUAUCUAUCUCGAUCUCCGUCCACUCUGACUACAUGCUGUCGUCCAGCUCUGUUGCGUGUCUCCUCGCUGCAGCGAUCGGCUUGGUUUGGCGCACCAUAUCGGUUGUGUCAGGUGUUUUUUGUCGUCAACUUUUACAUUUUACCCGACAAACUUCCUAUAAAUUGUCAACAUGUAUCUUUUAUUCGCCUCAGAAGCGAUGGCGUUCAAGAAUUACGCAUGAAAAUACGCAUUUAACAGCCACCGAUUAAAACACCAAGUGUUGAUUUUUCUUUAUCCAUGUCAUAAUUAAGCCGAUCAGGAGAUAUCGCGUUAAAUCGGUGGUUACAUCGUCUUCAUAAACAUGCUAUUUGAGUAUGCCGAGCGGCCGCCUCCGGUUUUUAUGACUCAGUCCAUUCACAUAUUGAAGGGAGGGACGCGCACUCACACACACACAUACACAUACACACAUGAGCGCGCACUUGCACACGAACUGUUCCGGCUUGGAUCUCAUAAUGGUCGAGAUUUGACGAUCACAAGCGCCUGGUGUCGGUGCCAGCAAUGUCGCAACAGGUUUCUCAAACAGGCUUUAGGAAAAAUUGGGGGGGGGAAGAGAAAUAAGAGCAGACGAUUGCAUUAAAAAAAUCAACCGAUCAUUACAGCAGUUGUGUUACAGACUCGGGGAUAUGGGGAAAUUCGUACAAAAUACCUAAAUUAUAAAGCAAAAUAAUCUGGAUUAGUGUGGUACUCUGCAGACGUUUUUAAGAUGUGUGAGAGGGUAAAGUCUGGCUGGCCUCCUUCAUCUGCAAUCGUCUUUUAGUUUCCUGUUUGUACUCCUCUUACAUCAAAUUCAUGAAACCUAUUCCUUUCAGGCUUGUCAUGAUCAGGGCACACUCAUUCAUGCUCUCAUUCUUGCAACACCAACUGCAACCAGCACCUUUCAUUCACAAAAAAACCUGCAGUUCAGCAAACCGGAUCCAUUCACAAAUCCCUGUCUCAUUCAGCUUAAGUGUACACUGUGAGAAAAGAAAAUAUUUCGACAUAUUUCAAGCUCUAUUUCCUUUUCCUAUACGGCUUAAUGGUGUGGCCUACACACAGAUCUAUUUCUCUCGCACUUUGUGUUCGUUUUGGCUUUGUCGAAGUCUCUCUUUUCUGUCCAGCCACUUUCUCUUCUCUUUGCUCUGCCUUGUUUUGCAUCUUUGAGUCUUUUGCAUGCAAGCCCUGCUCUCUAGUGCUCCCUGCUCUUUGGAAAGGAGGUGAAGAGAACCCAACUUCUAUUGUUCUAAUGUCAAAGUUAGAAUAGAGGAGUUUUUGAAGCGCUGUUUGUGUUCAUUCUGAAAGAUCAAGAUCGUUAGAAACUCGACAUUCGGAUUAUUCGGAUCUGACCCGGAGAAACGUUUUUGAAUGCGCAUUCGAACAUUUUAUUCCCAACAAUUUUCCAUUAAUUUUUUAAUCCUCAAGCUUUACUUAUCAAUGUCGUUCUUACAUUGGCAUAUUUUUUUACAGCUGUACUGAAAGUCUUGCUCACGUCAGGGAAGUAGUUUUACCAGUUAAGUCAUGAGAUGAAGAAAAAGGCCAAAGUCUUCAACACCUGCAGAAAACUGGGCCACAGAGUAUAAAACAAUCUGUUUUUUUACGGUUUGAUUCUUAAGGAGACUUUAUAAUUUGUGAUUGAAUAUAAGGAUGAAAACACAUGAAGGGUUGGUUUGUGUUCAUAUGUCCUUCUAUUUCGAUAAAAAUUCUCCGUACUUCCUGCAAACCAGCUUUGAUUAACAACAAUUUAAGAGACACCAUGUUCCGACAGUCAUCCUCCUCAUGUCACGCUUUUCCAUGAAUGGUUUGCCUUUUUUGUAAUAUUGUGGUACCGUUUUUAGGACCGUAAAUCCUCAACAAGAAAAGAAGCAGCCAGUCAUAACCGUCUCUCUGUGUCUGUCUGUCUUUGCAGUUUUGCUAAAUGCUGCUUUAGAGUGAAGACGUGCAAGGCAUAAGCCUACACAUGGAGUCCAGGGUUCCCCACCACAUCCCCGGAGUGUCCUCCUCCCUCAUAUCCCAGCCUCUGCUGGACAGUCGGGUGCCCUACGGUCGCCUGCAGCACCCUCUCACCAUCUACCCCAUCGAUCAGAUCAAGUCCUCACAUGUGGAGAACGACUACAUCGACAGCCCCGCCGUCGUCUCCCAGCAGCCCCCAAGCCAGAAGUCUGUGAAUCGGAGGAUCACCUGGCUGGGUCAGAAUCAGGAGGCCUUCCUUGGGGCGAACCAUAACCACCAUCACAAUCAUCAACACCAGCACCACCAACAGGGCAGGUGUGAGCCCCACCCCCACCAGGAUACCACCACCCACCCUUGGAUUUCCUUCAGUGGGAGGCCCAGCUCUAUCAGCAGCAGCAGCAGCACCUCAUCCGAUCAGAGGCUGCUGGACCACGCUGCGCCCAACCCAACAGUGGACCACCACCCAAACCUGCAAACCCACCAAGGCACCGUGAACACAAUCACCACCCGACCUCCAGGCUGCUUCCCUUCCUCUGAAUCGAAAGUCCUCACUUCCUCUUCCUCGACUUCUCUCUCCUCUAAAUCUCUGGACCUCAAGUCAGCAAAGAUGCCCGCAGGAGGUGUGUGCACCACUGGAGGCCAGCAGGGGUUGGCGCUGAUCCCUUCCUCCCCGGCCGAGAAGAAGCACCUCCUUCUCUGCGAGCACUGCGGGAAGUGUCGAUGCACAGAGUGUACGCUCCCCCGAACCCUACCCUCUUGCUGGGUCUGCAACCAGGAGUGCCUGUGCUCUGCUCAGAGCCUGGUGGAUACAGCCACCUGCAUGUGCCUGGUCAAAGGGAUCUUCUACCACUGCACAGAGGACGAGGACGACGAGGGCUCGUGCGCCGACAAGCCCUGCUCGUGCUCCCAAGCCAACUGCUGUGCACGCUGGUCCUUCAUGGCUGCCCUUUCCAUUGUCCUGCCUUGCCUGGUGUGCUACCUGCCGGCUACAGGCCUGGCCAAACUGGGACAGAAGUGUUACGACAAUGUUAGUAGACCCGGCUGCCGCUGCAAGAACUUGCAAGCUGGCGUGAGCAUCCCUGUGUGUAAAAAUGGGGGCGUGGAAGCAAAAGUUGGAACUCUAGAGAAGCAGCAGCAAGGGUCAUGAUACUGGACCAAACUGGCUAAAUAGUGGCCGUGCUCAAGAAACAGACUGGACCACACAGUACUUGCUUGCUCUCUUUGGAUUGGACAAUCCAACACCAACCCCUUAAACUACCCCAUUAAUCUGCUGGAAGAUGACUUAUGUAAAACAAAGGUACUUAAAUAGCUUCUUGACCUAUGUUUGAUAGGGUGAAUGAUCGAAUGGGGCCUGAUCUUAGAAAGUCUGCUUGUAGGAACACCCAACAGGCCCUCUGAGAUGUUUUUUUUUUGUAAGAGUGACACAAGAAGAAAAGACUAGAUUGUGGGAAUGGUGUUUUUGUUGUUUUUGCAAAGAUGGCCGAAGGCACAAAGUCGUUGUUCCUCUCUGCUGCUCUGUAUUUUUCAGCUAAUUUUGUAACGGUAACUAACCAGAAGCCUAUUGCUGAUUCUGGGAUAGCAUAAAAAGGUUAUUUGAUGGAGCUAAAUAUCUGAACAACCUCCCUCCCAAACCCCUCCAAAAGCACAGCCCAGAGUCCCUUGGUUUAAACAAAGACAAAAACAAGUGGUUACCUAUACUGUGGCUUUAUGAUAGGCUACUGCUGAGAGUGAAACUACCACUUACUCGCUCACUCUCUCCGCCAGUAUGAUCUUCUAGUGUCACCAGUUUUCCUUGUUUAGCUUACAGAUGCUAGCUCAGUAAUGCUAACUGUAAAAACGUAUAAUUUGAAAGUCUCAAAUACUCCCCGUUUGGACUCUAUUGUGCAGAAAUUGUGCUGCAAGUGACAAGAGGGAUAAUCACUUGAGAGUAUGUUGAGGUUUGAAGCCUAGAGAGUAGAUUUUGAAUGCUGUUCACCAAUCACCUCAGAGGUAAUGCAUGUCAUGACCCGCAUGCUCUCGUCUAAUGGUUACCCACCGUGCUAGAAUUUGAUGUGUCGUAGAGAAACGUGUAAAAAACAAGUACACUUAACCUUCUCAGGGACUGUUACAGUACUCCUCUCUAGAACUUGGCCUACAGUACGUUGAUUUCUAAAAACUGCCUAAAGAGCCCGGUCUUCUUCUUCCUCUUUGCACAAGACGGCAAAGAAACAUCCAGGGCGCAAAAUAAAGGCAAUAGUUAAUCAUUUUAAACAAGCAAGCUAAGUCAGAGACAAACUAGCCAGAAAAUAAUGUUUUCCGGAGGAGAAGGGGGGGAGCAAGUGCUAGAGAGAGCGACGAGCAUGGGGGGGGGGGGAGAGAAGGCAUAGCGAAGUCGUUGUCGUGUUCGUAUCUAUACAGCCUUUGUCGAAAUCGGAAACCUGCCACUUGCACAACCUUUUUAGAAAGACGCAAACCCCUUAAAAGGACGUACUAAAGCACAGUAUUAACCACCUCAGCUAUCUCACAUUGCGUCUGCGUGCACUACACAGCCCUAGCCCGCCUCGACUACACACAGUGUCUUCAUCCGAUUCUAAACAUUAUGCUGCAUUGCUGCGUCAGUCAGAUAGUGUGUCUAUUUUUGUGGCUUGCAUGACAUUCGUAGGAUGUUGCCAAAGGAAGCUAGCAUACAGCAGCUUGUUUUUUUUUUUUUUUUUUGCUGUCUGGGUGAUCACAGUUGUUAUGCACUCUCGCCAAAUGGAGUUGAUGGCAGUUGCGUUCUUGAAGACACGCUGCCCUUUAAUACAGAUGGCCUUUUUCUGUUUGGCAUACUGUCUUUGUUGCUCCAAACACACCUCCCUUUUUCAUGUUGGGCCCUUAACUUCCACUAAGAUGCCUAACUUUGCUCAUACCUGUAUUUUUCUUGUUGCACAACGCUGAUAUCACACAGGAAAAGAAAAAGAAAGAAAGAAAGAAAGAAAAACACACUGUCCUUAGUCUUGAAUGUAUGAGGCAAUAUUUUCAAAACCUAGCAAUUCAGUCUGACAGAAAGGUGCCAAAACUUUGAAUGAUUGUGCGGCUAGGCCAAGGCCUAGUACCUGUAGGCGGGGGCGACAAAAAUCACAAAUGUUUUGACAAUAUAUUUAGGAAUAGAGCUAUGCAGGUGAAAUGUUCUUUGCUGUAAAUAGUUUCACAACAUUUGUGUUCUUUAGAUGAGACUUUUAAAUGUCCUCGGAAGAUUGCAUGGUACAUUAUAACUACAAUUCAGUACAAAAUAUAUAGAAAAUAUAUUAGAUAUAUAUUUUGAGGGGAAGAUGUUUUUGAGGAAUAAGAAAAAAAGAGGGAGGGUGGCGAGAGGGAGGUUUGAGACGGGGUAACAAAAUUGACAGGUCUUUCUAUCACAAGCACUUGAUUUAGAGAAGUGUGCCCGGCAAUAAAAAAAAGAAGAGAGAGAAAAAGCUCAGCUGUUUAUGCUAUCCAUGGCUCAUUAGCAGUCGAGAGGCUAAGCUAAUUCCCCGGUUCCUCUCCGAGUCCUAAAGACUGUGGACUCAUUGAAUCCACACAGGGAACACAAUCUACCCCUAUCCGGAUCAACCCAUUUCCUGCUGUUACUGCUCAGUGUCUCAGCUCUCUCUCUCUCUUUCUCUCUCCCACUCUUGUUUUUUUUUUCUCUCCUUCCUCUCUUCCCUCCUUCCUCUCCCUGAGAAAUUGUCCAACAAACACCCCUGGCCUUGAUUGACAAACACAGCUGCUGUGCAUAAACUUGUCAUACCACAGAGACGGAGGGGGAGAAAGACAAGCCUGUCUCUCUCUCUCUCUCCUUUUUCUCACUGUUUCCCCCUCCUCUCUUCUUCUUCUGUCUUUGUUUUUCUCACAAAUUCUGUUCUGUGCCAUCUUUUUUAAACCAGCAGACCUCUUUUUCUUCAAAAAAAAAUAGUCGCUGCCUUGAUUCUUCUCUUUCACCGCAAGAGUUCUUCACUUCACAUUAGCUUUAUACUUUCCAAUGUGCUUGCUAGCAUGAUCAAGGAAUAAUCACAGACGACGAAAAACUUAAAUAUGAAAACUUUAUUUUGUUGCUACGAUGCUGUGACCUUUACAGACCCCUUAACGUGUCGCUCGUUUGCGGGCACCAUCUGAUUUUGAAAUUUUUUUUAUUUUCAAAUCCAAAACUAAAGGAAGUCUCAUACAGCUGGGUGAUGCUACUCCAUUCCUUUAUGCCUUUUGCAAUGUCGACGUUUGGGGAUUAAGAAAGAGAUCUGUGCUUUUGUUUUGUUUAAAUAUAACAAAAAGAAAAAAAAUCUCUCAUAUAAAAGGUUCCCUUUAUAGAUAUAUUUAUUUUGAAGUUCUAUUUUAUAUAGUAUUUAUUUAGAUGCCAACUUUUUGUUUGUGAAGAAAGCUUAUGUCAAAAUGGAAUGUACAUUGACAAUGGAAAUAUAUAUUGUUAAAUAUACCCGUGAGUUGUGUCUUUACUUUUUUGAGUCCUAAAACACACACGUCACACAAACAGAAGAGCUCAUUUUAUUUUAUUUACUCUGCUUUCCUUAGAUAAUUUCUGGAUGUUUUCUUGAGGUUUUAACAUAUUUUCCUCGUUACCAUGGAGAUAACAAUACAGUGAUUCCUGCAAUAAUUAGUCAAUCUUAUUCGUCUUCAUAAUUUUUGACAUGUUUUUUUAGUUUUCUGGUUCCUCCAUGAUAAUAAAUUGAUUUAUGGUGAUAAUGUAAUAAUUUUCUGGUGAUCUGGAAAUCGAAAUAAUAGGCGGCUCACUAUGAUGGGACACGAUAUGCAAUGCUGUCAUGACCCAUAUAAGGAAGAAGGAAAGUUAAGCUUACUCAAAACCUCACGAAAUACAAACUAGCAACAAUUUAUAGAUGUAUGUCCACACAGGGCUUCCAUACACAUGAACACAAACUUGUGGUGUGCUCCAGUUGCACUCGGAAGUUGGGAUUUACGAGCUCUGAUUUGGAGCUUUGAAGGCUGGAUUUCUGACUCGGAAAAGUCGGACUUUCCACACAACCCCCGAGUUAACGGCGCCAGUUGUAAAAAGCCUACAUAUCCUAUUUUUCAGACAACUGCUGAAAUUACAUUGAAAAAAAAUCUAUUUAAAUCAACAUAUAUUUGAUAAAAUGCGUGUUUGCAGUUGUUAAGAGCACUCGCCCGUUAUUAACUAAAGACCGAGAAUAACUUUUGCAGAUGUAGCCAUCUUGUCUCUGCCUCCGUUUUUGGCCAUUGUCUACUUUUUUCCGAUUUUGUAACUGAAACGCUGAUAACUCGGGUGUGACGUCAUUCCCAGCUCCGACUUCAAGGGUGAUGGGAACGCGCCAAUACCUCCUUCUCCAUAAAACCUCUUUCGAAUUAUUUAUCAUAAGCAUCUAUGAUGAACAUUUGAAUUUGGCGCCCCCUGUGGUCAAAGCAGUACCUCUUAUUUCUCAGCUGACUACCCCGCAGCAUUAGCAGCAGUUUCAAACAUUAAACUAACCAUAUGGUUUAACAAGUUUUGACACUGACUGAAUAGUUAGCUUGUGUUUCUAAUAAACUAUCAUCAAUAUUUAUUUCAGGAUGCUUCAUUGCAAACUUAAAACUCCUCACAGGAGCUUUAUGCAACAAUUUCCACAUGUGAAAACCUGAUUUCACCGAAAAGGAGACACAUGCUUAGUCGAGACCUUUUAAUAGAUGUGUAUCAAUCACAGGAUGCUGACUAUCUCACUUUAACUCUUUAGCACAUUAACAUUAAUGCAAUUUCGGGUUGUUUUUAAGUCAACUCUCGCCCCCAUAGAUCUCCCCCCACAUCCUGUGUCUGAAUAGGUGUCUCUCUUUAAAAACACUGUUAGGGCACCGAAGGCCAAAUAAAGCAGCUUGACCUCAAAACUGAAAGAAAACAUUACAUAAGUUAAAGGAAAUAAUUUGCCGACUUCAUAAGUUCAAACCCUAAGCAGUCAGACGGCUUCGCGUAAGUGUGUGUGUGCUCUGUUUGUGUAUUUAACUGACUUCCUUUUAGUUUUUAUAGGGGUGGUCUGUUAUAAUCUGGAUGUGUAACAUUCCUCUCUCUCUCCAAAGCACCUCCUUAUGAAGCUGGAGCACACAAAGUCUUCCUGUCACAAACACACUUGUCACCCCCCACCCCCCGGCCCACCUGUGCUGCUGUUACCCUGAGGCGUUCCUAACUCCCCCCCCUCCUCGUAACCCCUCUCUUCUCCCCCACAUAAGCUUGUUUCCUGGGUGUUUACACGAGAGCACCUGGGAGAGCAGGAGUGAACACAACACGGCAAGAAAGAGCGAUAACGGCAGAAAGAGAAGGAGAAAAAAAAGGAACAAGCAGAAAAGAGAGAGGAGAAGAGAGGAGCUGUUUCCUGCACCACAAAAAGAAAUGUGUUUCCGCUGUUGAAGCCCUGCAGGCUUGUGUCUGUCUGCUUCAACAGGUGAGAUCAGAGACCAACCUGCCUGUUUACCUGCCGGUCUGUCAGCACCCACCUGGGACAGCACACACACACAAACACCUGCAUUUGACUUCCUCCACACCUACAUUGUCAUCUCCACCCCACCGGGCCACAUACAUAUCAUCAACACAGGAAGCUUUCGGAUCAGGCAGGUGGAGGAGAAACCGUUUAUUAUCGGCUCUGGCAGGCUGGAUUCACGGAGGAGGAACCAGUCCCAGGUCGGACCCUGUGUAUGCAAAUAAUUAUCGGUGCUGAGGUUUGGCCCGCUGUGCUGCCUAAACGUUUGGGUUUACCGCAGGAGACAAUGCAACAAACUACAGCCAGAAAAGUGCUGCAAAUGAUAUCUGAACUUUCACAAUCACAGUAACUGACUUUGCUCAGCGGCACAGGAGCCAAUAAGUGUGACUUCUGCAGCUGCAUUCGUGCCGCGCUUCAUUUACAGCAGCAUUAUACAAUAAGAUAAGAAUAAGGUCGUCACACCCAGCGCACACAAACACGCAUCAG